CCAACCAAAGCUUUAAUUUCCUUAAGGCAAAGAAAAGAAAAGAAAAUCCUGAAAUUCUCUCAUCUCAUGGCUUCAUUUCAAUUUAUAGCUGCAGCAUUCUUCUUGAUUGCUGCUGUUGUGUUUGGAGGAUCGAAUGCUCAAUUGUGUCCCACAUUUUAUGAUAGCACAUGCCCAAAUGUCUCGAGCAUAGUACGCAGUGUCCUGGAGCAGGCUCAACGAGAUAAUGUCCGAAAUGCUGCCUUUCUCACUCGACUUCAUUUCCAUGAUUGCUUUGUCAAUGGCUGCGAUGGGUCCAUUUUGCUAGACAACGCAGAUGGAAUAGAGAGUGAGAAAAAUGCAACUAUUAAUUUGUCAAUUAAUGGAUUUGCUGUUGUUGAUGACAUCAAGACUGCAUUGGAGAAUGUUUGUCCAGGUGUUGUCUCCUGUGCUGACAUUUUGGCUAUUGCAGCUGAAAUUUCAGUUGUUUUGUCAGGAGGUCCAUCAUGGGAAGUUCAGUUAGGAAGAAGAGAUAGCAGGACAGCAAAUCGAGCUGGCACUAGUGCCCUCCCAGUUUUCAAUGAAAGCCUUAGUACCCUAAAAGACAAGUUCAACGCUGUUGGACUUGACUCCACCGAUCUAGUUGCUUUAUCUGGUGCUCAUACAUUCGGACGAGUUGGAUGCUUGACUGUGACCCCACGCCUAUACAACUUUAACAACAUUAGUGGAAAUGCAGACCCAACCAUAGACCCAACCUACUUGAAAACACUUCGGCAAACAUGUCCAGAUCCCAACACUCCUGCAGGCAACAACACUAAGUUCACCUUAGCCAAUCUUGAUCCCACUACUCCCAAUGGCUUUGACAACAACUACUUCACUAACCUCCAGAACAACCAGGGACUUCUCCAGACUGAUCAGGAAUUGUUCUCCACUAAUGGUGCUGAGACUGUUGCCAUUGUUAACCGCUUCGGAAAUAGCCAGAGCGACUUCUUCACUAGCUUUGCUCAGUCCAUGAUCAAUAUGGGAAACAUAAGUCCACUGACAGGAAACAAUGGAGAGAUAAGGUCUAAUUGUAGGAGGGUUAAUUAAUUGGGUCUUAUGAUAUCGUGGGAGAACAUACAAAAGUACUAUAUAUUAUUUGUUUGGAAUUUUGGCAUUUGUUUUUGUUUUUUGUUUUUUGUUUUCCUUUUUUGUUUACAAAAUGUCAUGCAAGAAUUGUAUUAAACAAUUGAUCAAUGGAAUUAAGAUCCAAAAA